UCCCCUCAUCCCAAUGUAUCGCACUUCCUCUGCCAACAUUCUUCAUCGUGUCCCGAGCUAUUUUUACUCGCGGUCCGAGAUGUCACUGGCAUUUUCACCGCGAACAUCUCGUUCUGUCGCAUAUCGAAAAUUUGAAGACACCCUUGAUGGCACUGUCUUCGAUGAGGCAGACGGCGACGAAAUAACACUUCUUGGAGACGACGAGCGCCAACAAUAUGCCGCCAGUUUAGAGGACGGAUAUGGACUAGCAGCUCGUCCAGCGGCGGUCAUGUCGGGCGAGGACAAGCGCGGAAUGGCAUUGUUGUUGAUUCUUUACUUGAUUCAAGGUGUUCCACUUGGCUUGGCUCUAGGAUCCAUGCCGUUCAUCCUUCAAAACAGUCUUUCGUAUUCCCAGUUAGCCACCUUUGCGCUGUGCGGCUAUCCAUACUCGCUCAAGCUGCUAUGGUCGCCUGUUGUCGACUCUAUCUUCAGUUCCCGUAUCGGCCGUCGCAAAUCAUGGGUCAUUCCAAUGCAACUCAUCAACGCGACGUUGAUGCUUUAUAUUUCCAUGAGCAUACAACAUCUUAUGGACGAGCCAAGCCUCCACGUCACUCAUUUAACCAACGUAUUUACUGCUCUCGUCUUCUUCUCUGCCACUCAGGACAUCGCUGUCGAUGGAUGGGCGCUCACUUUACUCUCACCAGAGAAUCUAUCCUAUGCGUCAACCUGCCAAACGAUCGGUCUCAACACCGGAUAUUUCACAUCCUACACCGUCUUUCUUGCCUUGAAUAGCCCGACCAUAGCUGAUCGCUGGGGCACACCUCAACUCACGCUUGCAGCCUAUCUCAAAUUCUGGUGCUGGGUGUCAUAUGCUGUCACUGUUCUUGUUGUCUUCAAGAAAGAGAAGAAGGAUUCUGUCAGCGACUCGGGCCUGACUAUCCGAGAAGUUUACCGGCAAAUCUGGGAUGUUGUUAAGAUGCAGCACAUCCGCUCACUCAGCAUCAUGUUUGUCCUCGGAAAAAUAGGUUUUGCCGCGAACGAUGCCGCAACUUCACUAAAAAUGGUCGAGAAGGGUCUCAAUCGCGAAGACCUUGCUGUCGCUGUGCUCAUCAACUUCCCUUUCCAAAUAUUUGGCGGUUGGCUCGUUGGCAGUUGGUCUCGCGGCGACUACCCUCUGCGUCCAUGGGUUUACACCUUCUGGCCAAGGAUAGGUUUUGCCUUUACGGCUAUGCUGAUCGUGUAUUGGUUUCCUACUCCACCCUUGACAGGAGGCUUCUUUGUCUUCCUAGUCAUACAUACGGUAUUGACGAGUUUUACUUCGACGAUUCAAUUCGUUGGGAGCUCUGCCUUUUUCACGCGGAUCUCUGACCCAGUUAUCGGUGGAACAUAUAUGACUCUUCUGAAUACUUUUUCUAACGUCGGAACGAUGUGGCCCAAGUGGUUCGUCUUGAAGAGUAUUGACCUGUUUACUGUUGCUACGUGCCAGAUCGAGGAUGAUUCGACGUAUAUCGGUGAAGUUGCAACGGAAUGCAGCACACAACUCGGGAAGAAAAUGUGUGCUGAUGUUGAAGGAGUCUGCCUGGUGACACGAGAUGGGUACUACGUUGUGACGACGCUCUGCAUGGUGUUUGGCGUCUUGUUUCUGCUCUUCUACACCAUUCCUACGGCCAGAAGGUUGCAAUCUUUAUCCAUCAGUUCGUGGCGUGUCAAGUUAUAG